AUGUUGUUUUAUGGACCUCCAGGAACUGGAAAAACUUCAACAAUAUUAGCUUUAGCUCAUGAAUUGUUUGGUCCAGAAUUAAUGAAAAGCUGUGUUUUGGAAUUGAAUGCAUCAGAUGAACAUGGAAUUCAAGUUAUUAGGGAAAAGGUAAAAAAUUUUGCAUGUGCAACAGUUACUGAUUCAUUGACACAUGAUGCUCAAACAGCUUUAAGACGCAUAAUGGAAAACUAUUCUAGAAUCACUCGUUUCUGUUUGAUUUGUAAUUAUGUUAGCCGUAUAAUAGAACCAUUGACUUCUUGUUGUGCAAAAUUUCGAUUUAAACCACUGGAUAUUUCAAGUGCCAAAAAACAAAUUGAACAUAUUUGUGAAAAUGAAAAUAUUAAUUAUGAUCCCAAGGCUAUAGAUGAGAUUCUUAAGAUAUCUAAUGGUAAUUUGAGAAAAUCUAUAAUGUUUCUUCAAAGUGCAGCCAGAUUACAUCAAAAUGAAAGAAUUACUGCUGAUUCAAUUUUAGAAAUUGGAGGGAUUUGUGAUAAAGUAGUAGUUGAUGAACAACUAAACAAUGAUCAGAAAGCUUGUAUAGGAGAGGUUUUAGGCGAAAUUGAUAAAGAAUUAUGUGAUGGAGCUGAUGAUAAUUUUCAACUAAUGAAACUGCUUAUAAAUUUUUCUGAAAUUGUAAAUCAAUAA